CGGCCCUCGCUGCGCCGUCCGGUCCCGCUGAGGGCGUCCCGAGUUACUGGACCUCAGCGGCUCCACGAGCGCUGCUGCCGGGAGCCGCGUGAGGCCGCAGGAGGCCCGGAGCGCAGCCAUGGGGUCUGUAUCCUUCGAGGAUGUGGCUGUGAACUUCACCUCAGAGGAGUGGGCUUUACUGAAUUCUUCCCAAAAGAAGCUGCACAGAGAUGUGAUGCAGGAAACCUUCAGGAACCUGGCUGCCAUAGCAAGAAAGCAGGAAGAUCAGACCCUUGAAGACGAUUAUGAAAAUUUAAGGAAAAUUCUUCCCAUUGAAGUUCAGACUGGAUACAAACUAUGUGAGAAUCAAGAAUAUGCCGAGAAAACAGGCACUUAUAAGGACUGUGGGAAAGUCUGUAGUUCUCCCCAGUGCUUUCUGGAACAUCUGAAGACUCACACAGAGGAGGAAAGUUAUGAAUGUAAGCAAACUGAGGAUGGUUUUAGUGAACACCGUGAUGUUCAUGGCCCUGAAGGAAUGCAUGCUAAAGAAAAAUUCUGUGUUUUAAAGCAGAGUGGGAAAGAUGUUUUGACUCUUGCUGGUAUCCAACAGCAUGUAACACAUAAUGGACACGGGCCAUAUAUAUGUAAAGUAUGUGGUAAAGCCUUUCACUCUUCUGGUUCUUUCUUGACACACGAAAGAACACACACUGGAGACCAGUUUUAUACAUGUAAGCAGUGUGGUAAGACCUUCACUUAUUCCAGUGGCCUUCGCCGCCAUGAAAGGACCCAUAGUGGAGAGAAACCCUAUAAAUGCAAGCAAUUUCUGAAAGUCUUUCCUUCUUUGAGUAAGGUUGAGAGUCAUGAACAGACUCAUAAUGGAGUAGAAUACAUAUGUAAUCAAUGUGGGGUAGCCUUCAGUGAUCACAGUUCCCUUCAAUGCCAUGAAAAGAUUCACAAUUUGGAGAAACCCUAUGUAUACAAGCAAUGUGGAAAGGCAUUCACUUGUUCUAGUGCCUUGCGAAGACAUGAACGAAUUCACACUGGAGUGAAACCCUAUGAAUGUAAGGUAUGUGGGAAAGCUUUCAUUGAUUGCAGUUCUCUUCAGUGCCAUGAAAGGAUUCAUAGUGGAGAGAAACCUUAUGUGUGUAAGCUGUGUGGAAAAGCGUUCAGUCGCCAAGGUUCUCUUAAAUGCCAUGAAAGGAUUCAUAGUGGAGAGAAGCCCUAUGUAUGCAAGCAAUGUGGGAAAAACUUCAUGCAUCACAAUGCUCUUAGAUACCAUGAACAGAUUCACAGUGGAGAGAAAUCCUAUGGGUGCAAGCAAUGUGGGAAAGCCUUUGUGUUGAGCAGCGCAUUGAAAAAACAUGAACGAAUUCACAGCGGAUUGAAACCUUGUUUGUGCAGGGUGUGUGGAAAAGCCUUCACGUUUCAUAGUUCCCUUCAUUGCCAUGAAAGGACUCACACCGGAGAGAAACCCUAUGUGUGUAAACAGUGUGGGAAAGCCUUUAUGUAUCACAGUUCUCUCCGCUGCCAUGAAAAUAUUCACAGUGCAGAGAAACCCUAUGUGUGUAAGCUGUGUGGGACAGCCUUCACUUUUCACAGUUCUCUUCAACGCCAUGAAAGAAUCCACAGGGGAGAGAAACCAUAUGUAUGUAAGUUCUGUGGGAAAGCCUUCACUGAUCACAGUUCCCUUCGAUGCCAUGAAAGAAUUCACACUGGAGAGAAACCCUAUGUAUGUAAACAAUGUGGAAAGUCCUACAGUACUCAUGGUUCUCUUCGAUACCAUGAAAGGAUGCACUGCGUGUAAACCACAUUGGAAGACGUUCUCCUCUUUGAAUAAGUUUUAAUCUCAUUAACUAAAAAACAAAAUAUAUGAUUGUAAGCAAUGUGAAUAAGCCUUAACAUAUCUGGUUCCCUUCAAAAAACACGAGUGGAGACACAUUGGAGCGUUUCUCUAAAUAUAGAAUAAAGGGGAACUCCUUUAUUGCCAGCUUUUUCUAGCAAGCAUGAUGGCUUAACGAAUUUAACCUGUAUUAAUGUAAAGCAUGUGGGAUUAUCUCCACUUACCUCUGUUCAGUUCUCAAAAAAAAACCACUAAGGGGAUGGGGAGAUGGCUCAGUCUAUAUAGUUCCAGCCACAGAAGUGUGGGUCCUGAGUGUAAAUCCUCACUACCCAUAUAAAAGCCAGACAAGGUGGCACAUGCCUAUAAUCCCAGUGCAAGGGAGGCAGAGACAAAAUAUCCCUGAGCUUACUGGUUAGCUAGCCUCAAAUCUGUUCAGCUUCAGUGAGAGUUCUUUCAAAAAGUAAAGUGGAGAAUGAUUAAGGAAGACUUCCAACAUUGACAUCAACCUCUAUUCUCUACUUGCAAGUAUAAUGUGAGCCACACACAUGAACACUCAUCCUCACAUGAGUGCACACCACACACACAAAGAACACAUUGAUCCGAAGAAAUCUGUAAGUCUUCACUUGGCCAGCACAUACACAAUCAAAACCUUGUAAGUAGAAUCGUCAUUUGUAGCAUGUGUCAAAGGCUGAUGUGGAAGGAUUCUAUUAACAGAACUAAUGUUAAGAGCCUAGCAUAAAAUAAUGGAUGGACUGCUUUAGAAACUGCACACUUCAAAGGAAAUGUUUUAAUGUUUAUAAAUGUUUGUCAAUGGCACAUUCUUAGGUAGAUCUAAAUUAUGUGCUUCUAAUUUUAUUGAAAGUAAAUGUUUAAGUGAAGUUAUUGCUAAGAUUUACUCAGUUGCAUGUACUUAAUCUGUAGUUUCAGUAUUGGUAAUUCACUUAAUAACUUUUUCUCCUUUUAAUUUAAAAUGUUGAAAUGUCUUUUUAAUAUGUGAGCAGUUUUAAUUUUUUGUAGUUUUAAAAUAAUUUUGUCUAAUGAACAUGUAAAAAAAUUUUAAUUUAGGCUGGGAAAAUGGCUCAGUGGAUGAGCAUCAGGACCUAGGUCAGAUCCCCGGUACUCAUGAGACAAGCCAGAUAUGGCCAAACAUACCUGUAUCCCUAGCACUGAAAGUAGGGAGUAAUGCAGGAAGGACUUGCUAACCAACCAGUCUAGGUGAGAAACGGGCUCCAAGAUUAGUGCAAGACCAUGUGUCAAGCAAUAGGCAGAGAAUGGUAGGAGAGAAUCGUUGGUGUCCUCUGGCUUCCAUACGUACUAGUUUGGAGCUCACAAAUAUGAAAGUUAUUCUUGGGAUUUUCCUACGAGGCUUUUGUCAUAGGUCAUGUACAUAAAUUCAGAACAAAUGACUUUAAAGUGGAUUUAGCUAUUUUUCACUUUUAAUAUUUUCUCCAAAUAAGAUUUCUGUACAUAUUUUAUAUUUUGACUGCUUUCAACAGUGUAUACAUUGAUAUGUAUUAUCUUUUUCAUAUAUGGACAGUAUAUCUGCAAAAUAAUCA